GCCCUGCCCUCUCUUUUACCAGGCCGUCCUGCUGAUCACGGCUGUGUUAAAAUGCUGGAUUUCUCCAUCGUUUUGCAUGGACGGCUUACAACACGAGCUGAAGAAUAGAAUACAUCGAAACUUGCCGUUCAUCCCGGGUGUUACUGUCUACACUUUUCUUAUCUCUAUGAGAAGCACUGCUAUUGUUGCCGGAAGUGAAGUACGGCUGGUGCUGCUGUAAUGGUUGUCGUGGCCCUUCCCGCUUUCUGUCGGGGCUCUCGUUUGUGGAACUUUGCCUGGACAGCUGCUGUGAGGGGACAGGGAGGGGGUGCUGCCGCCAUGCCCAGGAAGGGGAAAGCACAGGUUAAGGACAUAGCAAAGCCUGCUGCUCCCUCAGGCCCAGUGACAACAGAUAAAAGUGGUUCUGUUACCAUCUCUGUUCAUGCCAAACCUGGAUCUAAACAAAACGCUGUAACAGAUGUGACAGCAGAUGCAGUGGGUGUGGCCAUUGCUGCACCUCCAUCCGAAGGGGAGGCCAAUGCAGAGCUGUGUCGCUACCUCUCUAAGGUCCUUGAAGUUAAGAAGAGCGAGGUUGUGUUGGCGAAGGGUGGUAAAUCUCGAGAAAAAGUCGUGAAGAUUUUGGCAUCAGUGACUCCAGAUGAAGUUUUAGAGAAGCUGAGAAAAGAAGCUGCCAGCUGAGACAUUUCCAAAGCAAUAAAUGAGCAAAGUUGUCUUAGCAAGUCGUUUUGCUGGAGGUGGAGAAGGUUAUACACAUGAGAGCAUGUUAAUAAAAGGUGGCAGAGAAGCUAAAUGUACAUCCUUAGACAAAUGCAAAGAUGAAUUGAAGAGAUAUCAUGAGGUGUGGAUACAGUAACAUCAAAACACACAGUAUAAAUGCUAUAAUGUUAUUUGAGAUAGCAUCAAAAGUGACUGAGACCUAAAGAAUUCUUUAAGUGGGAAAUGUGAAAAUUGUGGCAUGACUGUUUUUAUUUUAUUUAUUUGACAAAAUUUAUAUACUGCUUAAUAGAGAAUAACCUGUAAGUAGUUUACUAUAAAACAUUGGUUAAAAAAUACCACUAAAAUCAAGCAUUAAAAACAAAUUGACAUAAAA